UACGCUCCGCUCCGCACCGUUCCGCGCCGCACCGCGCCGCGCCGCGCCGCGCCACGCGAUGCCAGGCGUAUCCUCCGUUUAGUGCGAGACGACGGACGUCGGGGAUGCACGGCCGCGAGCUUCCUUCCGCACCUGCACCGCGCCGUUAGCCGCCACCGGGCCACCGAGAGGGAAGAAGAGCGCUGAGAACCGGCCGUCCUCCGUCAUGUGAUUCCACGAAGGCCCGUACAAUUAGUAGAACACGGUUGUAGUCUCGUUUUAAGUCUCGCCGAGAGAAAUCCUUAUCGCGAGUCCACGCACGGCGAGCUGGGUGAUGAGCUCGUGGCACAAGCGGACGACUGCCGCCGUUGAAAGAUGUUCCGCUCCAAGAUUCGCAUUCACACGUGUCAAGUGAUACUGCUAACGUCGCUGGUAUGGUUCUUGGUCGACGUCAUGGUGCUCAUGCUCUAUUCGGACUGCAUCGGAGGGUCCGGAUGGGGCUGCUCGGAGAGCAAGCAGCAGCAGCAGGCGCUUCAGUCCGAGGAGCCGCCACAGCUGCACCCGAAGGCCCAGAUCAGGGAGCCGCUGGCGAUGAAGCAGGACCAUAACAACAAGAGGCAGUAUCCGCAGUCGCAGCUGCAGCUAUGGCGUCCGGCGAGGGUCGUCAAGGAGAACAAGGGCAGCCCGGGCGAGAUGGGGGCGGCGGUGCACAUCGCGCCGGAGAACGAGGCCAAGCAGCAGGAAUUGUUCAAGCUGAAUCAAUUCAAUCUGAUGGCCAGCGACAUGAUCUCCUUAAACCGUUCCCUAAAGGACAUCCGACUCGAGGGUUGCAAGAACAAGAAACACGCCAAGUAUCUUCCAGACACGAGUAUCGUGAUAGUUUUCCAUAACGAGGCGUGGACCACUCUGCUGCGGACGGUCUGGUCCGUGAUAAACAGGUCUCCCAGGUCGCUGCUGAAGGAGAUCAUCCUCGUCGACGACGCGAGCGAGCGCGAACACCUGAAGCAAGAUUUGGAGGACUACAUAGCCACCCUACCCGUUCCUACGUACGUGUAUCGCACCGAAAAGAGGUCGGGCUUGAUAAGAGCGAGGCUUUUAGGGGCAAAGCACGUCAAGGGACAAGUAAUCACGUUUCUAGAUGCGCACUGUGAGUGCACCGAGGGCUGGCUGGAGCCGCUAUUAUCAAGAAUCGCCAACGACAGGCAUACCGUUGUCUGUCCGAUCAUAGACGUAAUCAGCGACGACACCUUCGAGUACAUCCCGGCGAGCGACAUGACCUGGGGAGGUUUCAAUUGGAAAUUGAACUUCAGAUGGUACAGAGUCGCGCAGAGAGAAAUGGACAGGAGAAAUAGCGACAGAACGGCGCCGCUACGAACGCCGACCAUGGCCGGUGGAUUGUUCUCUAUUGACAAAGAAUAUUUCUAUGAGCUGGGCGCGUACGACGAAGGCAUGGACAUCUGGGGCGGUGAAAAUCUUGAAAUGAGCUUCCGGAUAUGGAUGUGUGGUGGGACAUUGGAAAUUGCGACAUGCUCGCACGUCGGGCAUGUAUUCCGUAAGUCGACCCCGUAUACCUUCCCGGGCGGUACCAGCAAGAUAGUCAACCACAACAAUGCGCGGCUCGCAGAAGUUUGGUUGGACCAAUGGAAGUACUUCUAUUACAACAUUAAUCCAGGGGCGCGAAACGUCGACGUCGGCGAUGUUUCCGAGCGGAUAAAACUCAGAGAACGGCUGAAAUGCAAGAGCUUCAGAUGGUACUUGGAGAAUAUAUACCCGGAAUCGCCAAUGCCGCUAGAUUAUUACUAUCUCGGCGAUGUGAAAAACGUUGAGACGCAAACCUGUUUGGACACUAUGGGCAGGAGAACCGGGGAGAACGUCGGAAUUAGCUAUUGUCAUGGAUUAGGCGGUAACCAGGUAUUUGCUUACACUAAGCGGCAGCAGAUAAUGUCUGACGAUAUGUGCCUUGAUGCAGCUAGUCCACAAGGUCCAGUGAAGAUCGUACGAUGUCAUGGUAUGGGUGGUAAUCAAGCGUGGGUUUACAACGACGAGACCAAAAUGAUUAAACACACAAACACGGGUUACUGUUUGUCAAAACCCCACUCGGGCGAUGCGUCGCAACCCGUUUUGGCGCAGUGCGAUGUCAACAACAUCGGUCAAAAAUGGAUUAUGCGUAGCAAAUUUAAAUGGCAGGCCAGCUAAUACGAAUCGACUUUAAGCGCCAGAUCUUUACGCAAUAUUUGUUAAUAUAUUUAAUAAAUGGUAACCGAUGGACUGAUCGCAAAGGACUUCCCAAGUGCGCAUACGAGACGAGAUAAUCAAGUAUCACAACCAGUGGCGAAGAAACGGUCCAAUAUCGUCGUCUAAUGUGUACGUUAAAUGGAAUUGACAGAAACGAUUCUCGUCGGGAUUGCGUCAGAAAUCGUAGUUAAAUAAUUAGAUUCUACAGGAUUUAUUUACCAUUGAUAAAGCAGUAUCGAGAAUUUACUGCCAUUCCUUGUGGUACGGUCCUUACGGUACGCCUUGAAUGCACAAUAGUGACAGAGAUGAAUUUCUCUGUUCGCGUGUGAACAUAAGUGAUACUAAACGACGAACAGAGUGAACUCCUUUUCUUCUUUCCUAGCCGAGAAGCGGUAAAGAAGAGAUCAUAUCAGACCACUGUUAUAAAUAAUUGUUGAUACAAGAGAGAGAGAGAGAGAGAUAUUUGAUAAUUUCGGAUGAGUGCAAUGACGAAUGACUGACCGUUAUGUCGGUACGCAACGAAAUGUGAAUAUGCUAGAAAUGCAUCGAGCGAGAUAAUGACGGAGUGAAUGCUAGAAUGUCAGUGAAGUUGAUGUGACGCUACCGCGAUAAUAAUAUAGAAAAGAUUAUUAUUGUACAAUCCAUUUAAUAACUAGGAAAGAGCACUGGAUCUUUUUAUAUUCAUGUUUCUGAAUAGUUCCUCGUUGCAUCUCGUUCGUAUAAUUUAACUGUUACGCGUCGUUUCGUGCAAAGAAUGUACUUAUCAGAAUUUAUAGCAAUAUAUAGAAUUCAUCAGAUUUUUUAGUUAGAUGCAUACAAUUAUUAACUCUCGUUACACUUUAUUACGGAGACAUAAUGCAAUUUUAAUGCAAACGUACCAGAAUGUCUUCCAUAUUUUAAUGAUAGCAGAUUUUUCCGACAUAAUCAGCUAUUGCGCACAGUUACGGAUUACUACUUCCUCAAUGUUUAAUUUGCGAAUCAACAUGCGACGAAACAUUGUAAUGUAAAUCUCUAUAAAGAAAAUAACAUUUGUAUUAAAGUGCAUCACUUACAGGUUAAGUAACGAAAAUGCAAUAAUAAUUGCAGAGAAUUAGGAGGCAUUUAUGCAGAGAUUAACUGAACAAAAUUUUAUCUUCCAUUAUUGGAUCCUGGCACCUUUCUCUUCGACAUCAUGAGUUGCAGUAGAAUAUUUUUAUUCUUCGAACAAUGAUAAAAAUUGCUCGACAUAAAAGAUUCCUAAAUCUGCUACUGAAAACUUUUACAAGUCUACACUCCUGUGAAGUAUAACUUCCGACACAUCUUUAAGAUUCUUUCCCUAUUUGUAUCUACUAUUGAACGACGAAUAUACUCAUUACUCUUAUGUAAUCCAAAAGAAUGUUACGGUGAUGGUGCAACGUUAAGCUUGAUACAUUUGUCUUCUAAGACUGUGGUAUUUAUUUUUGUAUAGAUCACAAAUUGACUUAUAUGUUGAAAUAAGCAAUGUGUCAGUCCACUUUAUAGAUAAAUGAUGAAACGUUUGAUCGCGAUCGAAGAAAAAAAAAACGAUAGUCAAUAGUACCUCUUUUGCAAAUACAUCAUUCCUUACAGGCUGAUUUCAUGGAGAACGCUAUUAUUAAUAUAAAUAAAAUUGCUAAUGAACGAUUCCCAUUUUAAUCAUUUGCUCAACGAAUGUCUCUAGCUUCACGGUUCAAUCGAUUAUGAUGAUGUGAAAAAGGGAGUUUCAAUUAUUAUAAUAGCCUGAACUGCGUAAGCACGAUCGUUUAAAGACAAUAAAAUUAUUUGUAUACGUUAUUAAGUUUAUAAUAAUGCAUGUCUCUAUAACGCUAGCAUAAUGAUUUAAGAUAUCCGUAAAGUAAGUGAAAUUUGUAAAAAUGAAUGUAUGCACAUUAACGACAUUUUAAACUCGACUUCCGUUUCUUUCUCAGAAUGUAAUUAAGUUUGACUAAAAGACGAAGCCUCUUAAAGAGUAAUUUAUUUAUAGCUGUUAAAAUUGUACCAUAUAAGUAUUCUAUAGAAUCUUAUAACUACAAUCGAUACACAAUUACAUCUUGUUAGAAUAAAUAAUUAGUUUCGUUACAUA